CAGCAGUAAUGGACGCCAGACAAGAAACAAACCCUCGGUGCGAAGCAAAGCGAAGCCUUGUCUUGCCUCACAUUUCUUUCCCACUCUUCACCAUCAGCCCCUCUUUCUCUCUCUCUCUCUCUCUCUUUCUGCUUUAGAGACUGCAGCGCGUUCUACGGAGAGUGAGGAAGAUGGCUUCCAACUCCAAGAAAUACAGAGCGUGACGCAUUCCUUCUAAUUCCCCUUUUGUUUACCCCCAUUGCUCUCUCUUUGCUUUUUGUCUACAGCGAGUUUGGUGUAUUCUGAUAGCAAGAAACGCAACCUUGUUUUCUUCUCCAUCGCAGUUGGCAACGCUCUUUCUUCUUUUUCUGUGUGGUGCUAUAAAAAGCAAUUGAAGUUUCAGAAUUCCCUGCUGUUCCUUUCAGAUUUCAUGGGCUGCGGCUUUAGCAGGAUGUCCAGCGGCACGCCACCGGAACUCGCCGUAGACGCCGCCGUCGGCAACGCAACCGGUCCUGCGGCCGCCACUUCCGCCGCCGGUGUCGACCCGGGCAGCAUCCAGUACACGGCCGAGCUGAGCUCCUACGAGGCCGCGUGCCGCCUCGACCCGGAACUCCAGACAUUCGACGCCACCCUGCAGCAGCGCACGAGCCGCGCCAUUUCCACCCUCGCCCUCGGCGUCGAGGUCCACGCCCUUUCCUUCGACUCCCUCAGAGAGGUCAUCGGAUGCCUCCUCGAGAUGAACCAGGAGGUGGUGAAGGUCAUACUGGAUUCCAAGAAGGACGUGUGGAAGAACCCCGAGCUCUUCGAACUCGUCGAGGAUUACUUCGAUAACAGCCUGCAGACCAUCGACUUCUGCACCGCACUCGAGAACUGCCUCAAGAAAGCCCGCAACAGCCAAUUGAUCAUCCACAUUGCCCUCCAGCGUUUUGCAGAUGAUGAACAGGAAGUCGAUGUCGAUGGCAGAAAGAAGUACGUAAGGACUCUAGACGAAUUGAGGCAUUUUAAGGUGGCCGGCGAUCCAUUUACCCAAGAAUUCUUUCAGCUAUUCCAAACAGUUUACAGACAGCAGCUGUUGAUGUUGGAGAAGCUUCAACUGAGAAAGGGGAAGCUUGACAAGAAGCUCAAGCGCCUUAAAACUUGGCGGAAGGUAUCGAGCAUCAUGUUCGCGGCAGCUUUCACGGCUGUAAUUAUCUGCUCCGUGGUGGCUGCUGUGGUAGCUGCGCCGCCGGUCGCAGCAGCUUUGGCCGCUGCAGCAUCCAUCCCUAUCCCGGCAGGGAAAUGGAUCGACUCCCUGCUGAAGGGCUACCAGGAUGCUCUGGAAAGGCAAAAGGGGAUUCUCAAUUCGAUGCGUGUGGGAACCGACCUUACGUUGAAGGACUUGGAUAUCAUCCAGGUUCUGGUGGAUAAGUUGGAAAUUCAGAUCCACUCACUGUUGGAUGCUUCUGAUUUUUCCCUCAGAGAUGAGGAUGCUGUGAGAUUUGGGAUCGAAGAGAUUAGGAAGAAGUUGGAGGAGUUCAUGAAGAGUGUUGACUCUUUGGACGAGCAAGCGGAUCGAUGCAACAGGGAUAUUAGAAGGGCAAGGACAGUUGUGCUUCAGAAAAUUAUUAGGCACCCAAAUUGAGCAGAUGCAGCCGCAGCAUGUGCCUGAUUGGCCUUGAUGAUCCUGUUGAAACAUCCUGCGCCCCAUGUGUGGGAACAAUAUUGUGGCUCCUUGAAGAAGAAAAAACCACAGGAGCAUGAAACUCCGAGACCUGACACCACAAGGCAUUGUGUGCAUUACUGCUCUUUGAUGAUCUGGAACCCUGUUACUUGUUCUAGGAUGUGUUAUUUAUUGUUUUUGAUCUGGGUGUCUUGUUUUGGAUAGUACUGUUCUCGUGCCUUUUUUUCCUGGGUGUUAUUAUUAUGUAAUUUUAAUUCAAUGACAACAUUGUGCUAUCAUAAUAUCUUAUCAUGACUAACAAUGAAGUAUUCAGCUAAAACCAAAAGAUGAUAUCUAGUUCAUAUAAACCCUGCUUUAACUGUCCUCAAAACCUAAAAAGUAUAAGACACAGAAGAAACAAGGAAUUUUUUGUUUUGCCAUGCAUUCAAUGCAUAUCACUGUGAUUGGAGUGAAAUCGUUGAGCCAGCAGUUGCCAUUUGUUGAAUAGUAGGAGAGUGAAAUCGUUGAGCCAUGUUAAGUAUAAACAUGCUCUUUUUGUCCUUUUUGGCUGUCGGUUUUCCUGUGUUCUGCAUGAACUUAUGUUUGCAUGAUUGUUCUCAAUCUUGGUUUAGAAGUUUGAGUUAAAGGAGCUGGUCCAGCAUCGAAAGACCAUGUCAUUGGUAGUAUCUUAGUAUUGGCCUAAUUUGAUCUCUUUUCUCAUUUUUCUGAGGAGAACCUCUCAUUGAUUGUUAAAUGAAAAAAUAAAAUUAUUGUACUGAUAGGAGGAUCCUGCGCUGUUUCUUAUUUUCUUAUGACCUAGUUGUGUAAAUAACAAUUAUUAGCUCUUGAACUGUCUCGCUUCGAGUAUUGAGUAGGAUAUUAUUUGUCAACUGUAUGUACUCUGUCUUUCUCGCUUAUCUGUACUAUCAAGAGGGUUGACUUUUAUUUUAUUUGCACUAUAUCCGAAGCAUGAGCCCUUUGUUGAAUUUAGUAAGAAACACGUAAUUUAUUCUUAGUGAAGAAUAUGCAUUCAUUGUAGAUUGUCUGACUUGGAGGACUUAAUUUUCUACAACUUGUUGCUGCAUGCUUGUUUUGAUUCGCAAGACAUUCACAUAGCAUGCGCAUUCCUUAGUUCAUCUAUCGACACUACUGCUGUAAGCACUUGUUUCGCCAUUUAACAAGGCACAAUCACAAAAGCCAAACCACAAAGGAUCUAUAAAGUCCUUGAGCCGGUUUUGCCGUUCCGAUUCCCGGAAUCUCUGCGGUAAGGGCAAAACUUUUUACAUGAUUCGGUUUUGGGUUCCUAAGGCACACUUGGUUCAUUCUUUGCACCUGUGACUAAUGUGUAGGUGUUGGAAGUUGAUGUUCUACUGAGUCACUUAAAUGUGUUUGUAUCUUUUACCAUGUUGUCAUUUAUGCUUGAGGUAUGUAUAUAUUCCUUUGUAGAGACCAGCAUUCCUGAUUUAUUUCAGAUCUGUAAUAUUCCUAGUCACAACAGCAUUGUGAAGAUAUUGGUGCCAUUUUGAUCAUUUUGAGCAGUAAGCUUCAUCUCAUACAUUGUUUUCUCUUUUCAGACAUGAUUUCCUUCUCUGCAACAGCUGCCUGCAGUUUCAUCCCCUCUGAGCAGCAGCUGAGCAUAGUGGUAGAGAUGCAUCUGACUUCAAAUGUUGACAGCAGCUCAACUCUAAUAUAUAUUUAUUUGACUCUCUGCUGCUGAUGUAUCCAUCCUGAAUUCAAUCGAUCGUAGGAUUUUUUGUCAUGUAUUAUUACAUUAAAUCAUUAUCUCUC